GAGGUUCGACACAGCCAACAACCAACAACACCACGGCGAAGUCAACCAACCAACACCACUUUCAGCCCCGAUUUCGUCUCCACACACUGGCCAGAGUGGCCGAGUGUCUUCCCAACGGUCGGAUCUGAGCACGGUGCGAUCUGCUCUGCCGCAUGUUUCCUGCACGAAAUCGACAAGAAACACAAUUUAGAAACGAGUUCCCGCCGGGGGUUUCAGGUGCACAGCCAUCGGAGAGCCGACUGGACGGGUCCCACGGAUUUGAGAAAAGAGACGGCACGAGCAAAAACGACAACGGCCGAUUGAGAAGUUGUUGCACGAGCUGGUGUCACCGAGCAGCACCGAGCAGCCCCGUUUUUUUUAUUUUAUCUUUUUCGCUUCAGGCGGUCCCCCGCACACACAGCAGGCCCAGCUCCCCGACUCCCAGCCAGCCGAGCCAGCCCAGACCCGAGCGGACCUCGACGAAGCUCGCCCAGACUUUUUUUCGUCUUGAGCGCAGCCCCAUUGCAUCCCGCAUUCCAUCAAAGUGGGCACUGAAUCUCAAACUUCGUCUCCCAGCAGCAACCGAAUUCCUGCAUCACAAAAUUCCGUCAUCGAGCCGAUUGCUUGGUAAAUGCACACAUCCAGCCACCCCGCCGUUCCCGUCGCAAUCUGAAUUCAGCUCGUGCACGGGAUUGUCCUGCCCCCGCCGUGCCCUGCCCUCUGUCGAGUCGACCGAGUCCUGCGAACGCCGCAUCCGGCCCCGGCCUUCGAAGAUCCCUAAAAAAAGGCCCAUCCACCGGCUUGAGACGACUCCCAGAUCCCCCACAAAACUUCUUUUUUGGGUCUCUGGGUCCGCCAACCGACGCUGCCCUGGAUCUUAAACACAACCCCCGGUCCCGCUCACUUAAAAAGGCAAGGUCUGGGUAGCUUGGCCUCCACCUCCCGUCUUUCUCCCUCCCCUCUUUCCCCUUGUCGUGUGCUCGUCCAGUCGCAGACUCGACGCGGCGCACCCCAGCCAAUCCCGCCCCCGGUUUCGACUUUCGAAUCCCCAUCUCGAGCCUUCGAACAGGAGGCCCCUCCUUGUCGCUCCGACCCCAGAAAGCAAGCACAGCGGGACAACAGUCGCUUGGUGGGACAGCGAAAACCGUCGCUCCAACCUAGGUACGCUCGCUCGCAUCGGCAGGCCAUUCAUU